CUGGCCGGGCCGGGCGGGUCCCUGGCACGGCGGGUCCCUCACAGCCCGCCAUGCGCCGGGCGGUGCCGCCGCUGCGCGCCCUGCGCGGGGCCGCCCGCGGGCUCUGCGGGGGGACAGCGCUCAGUGCGCUGCCCUCCUUUGGGUUCCUGUUUGACAUCGAUGGGGUGCUGGUGCGAGGGAAGACUCCGAUUCCUGCUGCCAGAACAGCCUUUCAAAAGCUCGUGAACUCUCAGGGACAGUUCUUGGUGCCUGUGGUGUUUGUCACCAAUGCAGGGAAUUGCCUUCGCCAGAAAAAAGCUGACCAGUUGUCUCAUCUGCUGGGAGUUCCAAUUUCCCAAGAUCAGGUGAUGAUGUCACACAGUCCCCUGCGGAUGUUCAAGCGUUAUCAUGAGAAAUGUGUCCUGGUGUCUGGACAAGGACCACUUCUUGAUAUUGCUCAAGACCUUGGUUUCUGUCAGCCCAUCACCAUCGAAACUCUGCGGGAGAAGCACCCACUCCUGGAUGCAGUUGACCAUGACAGAAGACCCAACGUUCUGUCCCCCUCUGCUGUGGAGCUUCCCAAGAUUGAGGCUGUGGUGCUGUUUGGGGAGCCAGUCAGAUGGGAAACCAGCCUGCAGUUGAUAAUAGAUGUUUUGCUGACCAGUGGCUAUCCUGGAAAUCCCUAUCACCAUGAAAACUACCCUCACAUUCCUGUGCUUGCCUGUAACAUGGAUCUCAUGUGGGUAGCUGAAGCACAGUCUCCAAGGUUUGGGCAUGGGACAUUCAUGGUUUGUUUGGAGAACAUUUACAAGAAGAUCACUGGCAGGGAGCUGAAGUACGAGGCGCUGAUGGGCAAGCCCAGCAGGCUGACGUACCUGUACGCCGAGCAGCUGCUGCGAGCGCAGGCCCUGCACAGGCCCUGGCACCAGCCCAUCCACACCCUCUAUGCUGUGGGAGACAAUCUCAUGACGGACGUCUACGGUGCCAACCUUUACAACCGCUACCUUGAGGAGAACUCCAGGAAGGGCUCCAAGCCCCGGCUCCAGGCCCAGGUUUCUGGUGGCAGAGGCUCUGCUGCGCUCCCUCAGGACGAGGACAUGGAGCAGGGCUGGGAGAACCAGCUGGCACCUGCAGCUGCUGCCCACUGCAGGUCUGUCCUGGUGUGCACCGGGGUGUACAACCCCCACUCCCAGGUGCCCUUGGAGGCCAGGGACAGCCUCAGGGAAGCCGUGUUCCAUGGCCACAGAGAUUUUAGGUUUGAUCCUGGUUUAGUAGAACCGGAUCACAUUGUUCCAGAUGUCGAUGCUGCUGUAGACCUGGUCUUCCAGCUGGAGAACUUUGCACCUAAUUGAGGUGAUGUGAUUUCUUAAGGACCACUCAGUGACUGUGCUUUUCUUCCCCAAAAACAAGCUGUGCUUUAUAAUAGCACCACAAACUGCUGCCUUCUAAAACUUUUUAACUUCUACAUUAAUGCGAUCUUACAUUAGCUGUGCUUAUUAGUAGUACAUAUAGAUAUAUUAGUAUGUUUAACUAUAUUAAAUAUCAAUAAUGCUUUUUAUAGUACUUCAAAGUAUGUAAUUUCUGGCUUUUGUUCCCUUUAUUGUCCUCCUCUUCAUUAUGUUAGGUAUUUUAAUAGCAAUAUUUCAUAGUAGGCUAUUCAUGUCACUGGUACUUAAAUUCCCCCAUGACAGUAUCUUGUUUGCUUGCAGAUUUAGCCUGUAGGUAUUUGGGAUCUUCAGGGUAUCACAGCAGGGUUUGUUGGCAUCAGCCUCAGUGUCGAAUGGGCUGGUACAGCACAACACUGCUGGCUCUUCUGCAAGCAAGGGGUGCUAUCCUAAACUAGAGUGGAGUUCCAGUCUGUUCCGCUGGGGACUUGCUCACAUCUAACCCUGCUGCUGCCUUGCUGUUGGUUUGUUUUCCCAUGUGUCUGGAGUUGCUAUUUCCUCUCUCUGAUGUGUAAAGCCUUAACAGAACUGCCCAUGGAGGUUGGGGAAGGCUGACUUGGUACUGCCGUGUUGGAACUCCAGCUGAGCACAGUCCUGUGAGGAAAGCAGCCAACACUGGGCACAAUACCUGCCCUUUUUGUCUUUGCCUUUCUAUCUGCACUUUGUUUUGAGGAACUGAGGGUCUUAGAAAGCUUUAGCAAUUUUGUUUCAGGUGUUUCUGUGAGUUGGACUUUACCACUGAAUGAAUGACUACUGCUUGGCCAAAAAGUGCCUCAUAAUUUACUUGAAGCCUCAUACCACUGUGGUAAUUAUCUGGCCUUUAGUGUAAUAUAUUUCAUCUUGUGUCCAUGUUUUGUGUUGUUUGGUUCAUGGAUUUUAUAGUUGUUCAUUUAGAAAAACCCAAAAAAGUAAUUUAAUUUAUGUUAUUUUUGUAAAAUACUUCUAAAUAUUGUGAUCCAAGAGAUGUCUUUGAAAAUAUUUCUGUGCUAAUAAGCAUUGACAGACAGAUGGUGGCACAGGGUGAAAUGACUUCCUGGCCAACUUCUUCACUGCUUAUUAUCCCAGCAGCAACAUCUGAAAACUCACACCAUGAAGAGAACACAGCUGCUAUGGGAGUCACAUUUUGGUGUGUUUUCCCUGUUUGCAAACCACCCUAAUCCCCCUCUCCACUGUCAGGAUCGUUGAUUUAUCACUCAUAACGUUUUGUAAGUAGCUGUCAACACAUCUUGCUGGAUGCAGUUUCAGAACACUGCUCUAAAUGUUUAUUUCCUGUUUCUUGAAAAAGUAUUUACAGCAGCACAUUCUUGCCUUUUUACCGGUACAAUAAACAGAUAUCUCCUGUUUCUUUAGCACUUUCUGUAAUACACCAAGUAUUUGCAAAGUAUGCCAAAUCUCUCUCAGUAAUGAUUGUACUUUUGUAACAUGUCAGGAUGACUUGAAGUUGUAUUGUUUCAGUACUAAAUCACAUGUCAGAGCUCUAACUACUGCGAGAGUCAGUGAAGCAAGGAAUAAAAAUGUUGGAAGUGUCUUUAAUGUGAUUGUUUGUAUUAAGGUAUGACUGAGCCCCAGGAGGGAAGGAUCUGCAGCUGGAUCACCACAAAAAGAAAUAGGCACUUGUUGCCACAGGUGAUGGACAAAAUAGAUUAAUAUAUAUGGGUAUUGCUAUAAAACAAGAGAAAUGUGAGUGUAGUAGACACCUGUGUUAUACCAGGAGGCUUGGCAAAGAUUUUGGUGACAUGUCCUGAAAAUUAAUUUUUAAAGCAAGGAUAUAGUGAAUUAUCAUUGCAAAAAAGUACCAUAAAACAGUGCCUCAGAACUACCACUGUAAUUUCUAACAUUUCCUGCUGUGGUAUUUUAAAAUGAAAUGUAGUGGUUCUUCAUUAGUCUAGCUAAGAUGUGGAAAUACUUUGAGGAAACCUCAAUCUGUAGUAUGGAAAAUGUGGAUUUUUUCAGAGUUCUUAAGUAAAACUGAGUUUUGUAUAAUGUUCUUUCCAAUUAUUCAGCUAAGAGUGAGAUGAAUUAAUAUUAUCUUGGAUAAGGAAAAGAAGACUAAGACCCUGUCUUAACAUUUUCUCUCCUUUCCUUGACUCGUCUUACUUGGAUUUUCACUUAACCUUCUUUAACAUUGAUUUCAGUUUUGGCAUUUACCGCUUUGAAACGGAGAGUGUUUCCCACAUGUUCUGUUCAGUGUAUUUCGGUCAGAACACAGGGGAGCUACUGGAUGUUACAAUACUUCUUUCAAGUUUAAACUGUCCUGUUGGAACACCUAAGUGUCCAGGAUGCACAGAAGGUGAUCACUGAAAUCACUUUUAAAAACACUUCUGAGGAUCUUGCAGAAGUUUCUUGUGAGUAGAACUUGUGCUUUGUGAGUAGUGUGUUUAUUCUUGAUACCUUUUGUUCUGUUAAAGACAAAAAACAUCUCAAAAAAACCUUCGAGAAGGCAUCCUGUAAUUAUUUUGGCUAAUACAAAAUGUAGAGGAUUUUAAACUACAGUCAUGUAUUGUCUUCAGUAUCACAUAUUUUUCUUUAGAAGCCUUUUUCAAUUAAAGGUAUUGUAUUGAGGAAUGUAUGAGAAAUUUUAAGAAAAACAAAUUUUCAGAUACCUCCACUUUGAUAUAAAGAACCCCAAGUUGCAUUUCAAAUGAAUCAUGUCAAAAUUGAAUACUCAUAAUGAAAGGAAUAAUCAAUCUGUAGUACAUUAUACAUUUAUAAAAUCAGUGUAAUGCAGCUAUUGAUGUGUUAUGGGAUAAUCUUUUCAAAUUGUAGGUUUUUUUAGUUAGGGGUCAUAUCCAGGCAGCUCGUCUUAAAGAUGUCAGUAAUUCACGGUAAUCUGUUGUAGCGUUUUGUAGUAAUUUAUUUCU